UUAUGUACUAAUUUCUCCAUUAUCUUAGCAAAUGUUGAUAUAAGUGAAAUGGGUCUGUAGUUUGACAUUAAAUUCGCAUCAUUCUUUUUAUGGAGAGGUUUAACAAUGGUAAAUUUUAAUCGUUCUGGAAAGAUACCUGUUGAAAAUGAUUUAUUAAAUAUGUUACUAAGAGGGGCACUGAUCUUGUUGAUACAUUUCUUGAGUAGUACACUUGAUAUUUGAUCAUAGCCUGUAGAAGUUUUAGGAGCUAAAGAGUGUACAAUUUCACAAAUUUCUGUAGGUGUUGUGGGGGUAAAUACAAAAUUACACGUUUUUCUAGGCAGAGUUUGCUGCAUAAGUUUUAUGGGGUUAUUUUUUGUCGACAGAUUUUUGAAUAGCAUAUCAACUAUUUCUAAGAAGUAGGUGUUAAAAGCAUUUGCUACAUUUGUUGCUUCUACUAACGAUUUCCCAUUUACUAUUACAGUAAUAGGGUAGUUUGACUUAGGCUUGUUACUUUUACCAGUCAUAUGUUUAAUUAUAUCCCAAGUAGUUUUAGCCUUGUUUUUUGAUUUUGAUACUAAAUUUUGAAGGUGGAACUGCUUAGCUUUAUCAAUGACUCUGCUUAGUAUUUUGCUAUAAUUCUUAUAGUAAGAUUUGAGUACAGCGUCAUUUGACGUCCUGCAAAGCAAAUACAGCUCUCUUUUCCUUUUACACGACGUUUUUAUGCCUUUGGUUAACCACAGAUUUUGAUAUCCCUCCCUCACCUGAACUAAUUUUGGAGGGAAAUUUGCUUCAAAAAGCCUUAAGAAGGUUGAGUGAAAUAAAUUAAACUGUAAAUUUGUAUCAUUAUCAGUGGAUGUAUUAAUCCAGUUUUCCUUUUUUAAAUCAGCUAUAAAAUGUAUUACUGAUAUGUUAUCUAUUGCCCUUAUUUUUUUAAGUUUGUUUUGUUUAUUCCUUUUUUCCAUUGUAAGUUCAAUAUUGUGCAGCUGUAUAACCUGAGCAUCAUGAUCAGAUAACGCAUUUAUCAGUGGAAUAACAAUAUAUUUAUCCAAAUUUUGUUUUUCAAUAAAUAUAUUGUCAAUUAUAGUAGCAGAAGUUGAUUCAAGGUAGCAGACUACUGUGGAGAAGGAGCUUACUGCUGAAUGCCGAUACAAGAUGGCAACUGGGGGUAGAUUUUCCAUCCCAGACAAGCUGCAGAAUGAGGUCUUGAUGGAAGUGUGCCUUAUCUACCUAGAUAUCCGAGGCUGCUGUGGGACAGUUAUGCUGUCUGUUCUAAUCCUGCUACUGCUAAGGUCCGGAUGGCAGGUCGACAGCCAACCCUCGCGCGCGGCCAGUUCAGCGCGCCAAUCAGGCCCUUCUCCCGGCACCACGCGGCCGACUCGCUGGCCAAGCAGGCCCGGGUGCUGGGCAACGGAGCCGUGGGGAUCGACUUCCACCAGCUCGCCGCGCCCACCAACCUGGCCAACUCCGCCGUGCUCAGAAUGCUGGAGGAGGAGGAGCGGAGCGGAGACAAAGGUUUCAAACGAGUCGAGUGGCCUCCACCACUCGAAGAGAACGACUUACCGCUGAUUGAGUCGGAGCCGGUGUACGCAAAGGGACCGGCGUCGGGCAGCGUCCCGAGCGUCCAGCCAGUAGCGCGCCAGCCGCCGCCCCAGGUCUACCACCCGCCCCCGCCCGCGACCGUCACGCUCCGCGCCUCGCCGCCCGUGCGCGAGGACCCCCACCCCGUGUUCGAGUCGCAGCCGGCCGCCACCCGCGCCACCGGCCCCAGGAUGCGCGGCGACCAGAAGUGGCCGCCCGUCGAGUACAAGGCGCGCGCCGAGGAGGAGAACGCAGCGCGCCAAGCCCUGGCCAAGGGCCCCGCGUUCAGGCCGCGCAAGGUCAACAAGGACUACACCACCUUCUUUGCGAAGAACGCGCUGACGGCCACCUACCCGGGCUACCGCGCCCCGCCCGGCACCCAGCACUACGCGGAGGAGGGCACGUCGGACCUGUAGGCCCCCCCCCCUACCACCCCUACCGCCCCACCCCCUCCCGCCGCCACUCACCGUCGGUACGCGACUCCACGCCUCAGGGAAGUCCGUCUGUCGACAACCCGAAAUUUAAAGGACAAUCACGAACAAACAAUAGGUCAAACCGACAUGUUUAAAAAAAAUUUAGGCAUACUAAACAAACAAAAAAAAAAUAUAUUUUUAUAUGUAUUAAUUUGGCUUAUUUUCCAUAAAUUUAAUUGUAGAAAUGUGUUUUUUUUAUAAUCAUCCUACAAUAAAAUAACUUUUGCAAAUUAAACAUGCGUAGGAAAUUACCAAAUUAAAAAAAAAUGCAUGCAUGUUUAUUUGUGUGUGUGUGUGUGUGCAGAAAUGUACACACGAGAAACAACUUUCUGUCUUGUUUUCUACUGACGUGAGUCCGUACCUCCCUGGCCGGCGGAAAGAGGGCGGGGAAAAUGCUCUUGGAGUCCCAGGCAUGCUGAAAAUAAUCUCGUUUCUGAGGACCAAAUUGGCAUGUUUUCAAAAUUAAGGUAUAGUUCCUAAACGACCACCUCUGCAAAUUAAUGGAAUUAUAACUGUAAAUAGUAUAAAUGGUAAUUUGUUUUUUUGGAACAUUAUUAGACACAACGAAGCCUGGGUGAAAGGUAGAUUGGACAAUAGGUUUUUUUUGAUAGUUUUUUUUACUACAUGUUCAUAAUUUUUGAAUGUGAGCCAAUGCUGUGAUUUUUUUCCACAUGUAGCUAGAAUAUAAUUAAUACAGUUUUUAAAGCUUGUGUCCUUCAGAAAAUAAACCAAGACCUUUUAUCUCCUUGAAAAUAGUUUCUGAAUGUGUUAAUAAAGUAUGUAAUGAGUUUAAAUGUUGUACAAAUGCAUUACUAUACAUAAGUUACUUACUGCACUGGUUGUAUUUUUGUUAAAAAUAAAUGUUAAUGCAUUUUUUUGGGCUUAGUUGUUACUUAAUAAUAAUAACUAAAAAUAUGCUUCAAAUUUAUUAAUAUAAAAGUAAACACAAAUUUUAUUGAUAACUGUAAGGGUAAACUGUUGACAAUCCAAUGGCAUUGAUAAAAAUCAUGUCUGUAAAUAAUAUCACUGCCAAAAAAAAAAAAAACUUGUGUAAAAGUUGCUUGCUUAACUAAGUUACUGCUUUUUUAUUUUGCAUUAACUUAUGUCUGUCAUUAGUAUGCAGAAAGAUAACAACACCAUACUAUAUAGAAGAUAAAUGUCCAUUAAGAGCUUAAUCAAUUCUUUUGUCAAGCACAAAAUGAGAAAUAUUACCAUGUACUGUGACAGUAUAGGAAAAUGUGAGCAAUUGUGAUCAUAUUAUAUUUAUUAUGUAUUAUUGUUGACUGUUUGUUAUUGUUUAUGUUUAUAUGUACUGUAAGCUUAAAAAUAAAAACUACUUUAAAGAAAAAAAAA